AUGGUAGUAGAAAACAAUGUUAUCUAUCAUCAGAACCUUGACUCAAAGAAGAUAAGUAAUGAUAUUACUGACACAUUAAUUAAUAAUGGUCAAUCUGAAGAUGGGAACAAGAUCCUUCAAACAGCCUAUACCAAUGUGUGGAGGAAACUUGCGAAGGCACGGCACACCCCCAACAUGGAAUCUGCUUUCAUAAAAAUGGGUCAACAGAAAAUGUCUACUCACUAG